UCAGGCAGGCCAGCCGGCGAGGAAACACAGGUAUCAUGACCCCACUGGAGGACAACCUCACUGUAUCCUCCAGCAACAUACGUCCUUUCCACAACUGAUCUUCAAAGUAUUAAUCUCUUGAAAAACAUGAUGAGGAAUCUCUGAGGAAGCUUUUUUCUUUUUUCAUCCUCACCACUUUGGACUUUUCCUCAGCCUCAGGGAUUGUUACAGCAACAUGAGUGUGAAGGGGAAAAAGGCUGGGCUGGUAAUCAGCUGGCAGAGGUCAUUCUCCAUCCUGGCUCCUUGGAGGAAAGGUAAAGGAAGCAGAGAUCCAGUGCUGGAUGGUGAGGUUGUCCUGACGAAAAUGAAGCUCUUCAGCAACUUCAACGACAGGCUCCUGAUAGCUGACGACUCUGCGUCCACCAUCUCCGCAGCGUCAGUUUUCGAGCAGGACAUCACAGAGCCCUCCAAAACCCCCAAGCUGAAUUCCCGCUUUGACGAGAAGCAUCCAAUGGAAGCUGGCACGGACUACCUGCCUAACAUUUUCACAGAUUCUCAGCUGCCGAGGUUGUACAAGUUUGAGUCGGAGGACUCCGGAGUGGAGCUGCCCAGUGGAGCUAACUCCCCGUCCAGCCCGACAGGCUCUGAGCAGAGCUUUGUGGUCCACAGUCGAGAGUCCUCCUGCGAUUCAUGCAACUCCAACUCCGACCCUACAGCUCUCACUGAUGAACUAGUCACAUAUGCACAGAGCUCUGAGAUUAAACAGGAAGAGGACUCGGUGGAUAAUAAUCUGAGUACGGCAGCGGAGACUCUGGAUGAUGUGUUCAUACACUCACAGGAACUCAGUUCUUCAGGUGUGACAGUAGAACUGCACAUAGGAGAGGAGGUGGACAGGGACCAGCGUGGCGCUUCAGGAAUCAGCCCUGAAGGAGAUGAGAUGUCUGGACAGGUCACGGAGAACAGCACUGGAACUGAAAGGACAUGCUUAGAGCGUAUGGGGCAAUUUGGGAAUCAAUCCUCAGCAGGAGCCUGUGAUGACAUGACAGGCAGUGACUUUGAGCCCGAGCCUGUAUGGAGGAGUACCACCAGUGACAGCCUGGAGGAGUACAUGGAUGAAUGCUGCAGACUUAGUGUGGCACAGCAGCUGAGUUCCAGCCCUUUGGGUUCAGGCCUGGGUUACCUGGAGCACAUCUGCCAACUCAUUGAAAAGAUUGGCCAGCUGCAGGAGACCAACCUGCGGCUUCAGAGGCAGAUAUGCAGCCUCCAGAAGGACAGCAGGGUGACAAAGACCAAAGAGGACUUUUUCCUGCAGCACUGCAGCUGUGGUGCAAGCAGCCUGGCCUUCCAGGAUGUUCAGAAGAGACACUCCAGGAGUGAGUUUUUGUCACCCAGUGGAACCCUCUCUGACCUGUCCACCAUCCCGGAGGUAACCCGGCGGGCACUCUCAUCAACCAGGAGAAACAUGAGCAGUGAGGGUUUGACACAGGUCCCACUGAGAAGGAGAGAACUGAACCGAAGGAGUUACACGGAGGGGGAGGUCCACUUCCUCGGGGACAGCAACGAAGGGCUCGCCACCCCCCAGCGCAGGAUGAGUGAAAACUACACAUGGGGCCGAGUCAAAGACCUGGUGAGGAAAACUAAGUUGAGGAACCAGAGCAGGCUGGGACUGACUUCCACCUCACUGAAGAUGUCCUGCCCACAGCUCUACAUGCCUGAUCUGGGACCAGUAGAACAGACUUCCAGAAACAGGAACUCCAUGAUUGCCCUGGGCCACCAGAGCACAUUGGACUUCACCUGGCAACAAUAAAUCUGAUGCAAACGGUUUCACGGGAGGAAUAGAUGGACAUCAUGAAGUUACACACAGACGAUCCCAGACUGGAAAAAGAAACGGUGAAGAGGAAAAACGAGGUAACCUAAGAAGAAAGAAGAAACUGAGGGGAUUAAAGGAGAGGACUUUUGUAUGAGGGAUGCUGAUGCUGCAUGUAAGGGAGACUGAGAGUGUUUAUGUGAGACGAAUUCAAUGUAUAUUGUAGUGUACAUGAAAAAUAUAAGCACUGUCCUCAUGAAAUUAGAAAGACGAGGCUAUUAUAUGUCUAAAAUGAUCUACACUGUGACAUAAUUUAACUGCAUUAUACAUCUCUGUUGAUACUAUUUACACUAGUGUAGGUUUCCAUGAGUACGCUGCAAAAACCAUAACAAUCCAACUGAUGUGAAGCAACUGACAUACACAUAUUUCAUACCUUUUAAUUUUCUAUGAUGUCAGACUGCUUUGUACAGUGUGUGUGUGUGUGAGUGUGUGUGUGUGAUAUUGCAUAACUGGAGUUAAAGCAGAGAUAAUGUGUAUGAAGAGUGUUGGAUAUAAACCCUACAGAGGUCCAGUGUGUGUGGAUCAUACAUUAUGUUAGCUGAUGAGCUGAAGAUAACAUGUCAGAGAGGCUCUUCCAUCAAACAGACAUUUACUUUCCUAAUUUCCAGCCCAUGAACUCUGAUGAGAGGGGGUUGCAGAGAAACAUCGCUCUCUUGUUAUACAUACACUAUAUAAGUGCUAUGUUUAAAUAACGUGCAGAGCUUGUGUUUGACACGUUAAGUGCUGUGAUUUAUCUUCUGUGCCAGUGUUACCUCACUGAAAUUCCAGACAAGAUGCAGGAGUCAUGAGUUAUACAACCCAAAUUCAAAAAAAAAGUGAUGCUGUGUUAUAAUAUGAGUCAUUUGGUAAUUCUUUUUGACAUAUACUCAGUAGAAAGACAGUAUAUUUCAUAUUUGACCAUUGAUUUUUGCAAAUAUAUGCUCAUUUGAUGAAAGCAAAUGCAUAUAAAGCUUUUCACACAAAAGCUGGAUCAUUUAAUUCAAUGCCAGAAUUGAGGCUGGUUAACUUUCUGAGACUGUUAAUCUAACAAUAAUAUCUGUAUUUCAGUCUGUAUUUUUGCAGUCGGUAUUUCUUUGCUGCAAUCAGCCAACGUGCAGACACCACAGACAUUAGCUAUGGAUAGCUAGCAAUGUACACAUCGAUUGUUCUCAAAACUUGAACUGAAUGAAAUGAACUCUGGUUCUUUCUGUUAUUUUCCUCCACACUGCUCUACUCACUUUGCUUGAUGGUCACAGGUUAAGUCAGAAACAUAUCAGAUAAGAUCAAAGUUGAAACAUUCAGAAUCGCAACAAGCAGCCACAGGGUAAAUUUGCAACCACUGACGUCCACUUAUGUGCUUGCACUAGCUUAAUAUGUACAUGUAGUUGGCGAUGGAGAAGGUAUUUGCUGUUUUUCAGGGCUUGGCGACAUUUCUUUGCACUUCUUGAUGAACAGUGAGGCAAAGUCAACGUAGACACAAAAAGAAUAUUGCAAAGUGGUUGUUUCUGCUCUUUGUUGUGUUGUCUUUUAAGGGACAUGUGUGUCAUAACUCCCAGCAACUUGUUUUAGAGAAAAAAACACAUUUUUGACAGAUUGCAAGAUCACUGCUGGGGAAAUCCAAGGAAAAAAUGACAAAACCAUGAUCAUAGUGAGCGCUGUGGAUAGGGACCAAAAGAUAAUAAUAAAAUGAACAAUAAUGACCUUUUCUCUCCAGUAACCAGAGAAAAAAACUUCAUAAUGGAAAACUUAGUUCAGACAAGGCCACACAGCAACAAAUAAGUAACACCACAACAUCACUAUCAUAGGUAUUAAUACCUCAACAAUAUUGUUGGGGUCUCAUACCAAGGGAUUCUGAAUUAUGCUAUAUUGUACUCUAUAAAAACAACGUCUUUACUGUUUUCCGAUCAGUCAGUAAAAGAAGGGAUGUAUGUUGAACUGUUGUGUAAAUUGUUAGAGAUGUUUAUCUAGAGGAUGCCAGACAACUGUAUAUGUGUUGUAUGUUGCAGUACGCAGUUUUCAAAAUUAUUUUUAAAAAUAAAGUUCAAUGAACAGAAGAUAUUUACGUAUGUAUGUGUGAUAUACUGUAAUUAGCUCCUGUGCCAUGUGGAGUAAUAAUACAGUGAAGAAAAAAAGAUGAAAUGACUGAAAUUCAUUGUGAAAUUAUUAUAGGAUGCUUUUUUCACCUGUUCAUGUAUGGAGCUUUCACCUUUCUUUAAAGUUUGGCACAUAUUUAAAACAUCCGAAAACACUAGAUACAAAGAUUAAAGCUAAAGCCAACCACACAAGGGGUCAAAGGUUAAGUUCAUAUUGGCCAUGCAAUUACCCUGUGUUCAUCUUAAUAACACAUAAUAAUACAUUCAUUCAUUCAUAUUUUCACCUUGAAUUGAAUACUGUAGCCAUGUUGUUGCCAAGGACUGAUAUCAUAUUUAAUGUUAGUGCCACUCUAUUGCAUUUCCAGGGCCUUGCAAUUGUGCAUGUUAGUCCAUCUUUACUGUGUAGCUUACUGACACACCUGCAUGGAACCAAGCCAUUACUGGUUAUACCUUUGCUUUUCCUGCUAAUUCAAACAAGAGUUUUCUUAAAGUUUAUGUUUGUGUCAGUUUCCAUGACUCAGUUAUAACAGUUAAGAGAGCCCCAUGCAUGCAAAGUGUUACAUAAAUGCUGAUAUUGCAGUUAAACUGCAGUGUACAAAUAAAGUAAUGAUAAGUCUUGACUGGCCUCUGUUGGUCACAGUGAGUAACUACAACGAAAAAAUGGGCAUUUCAUUGACCUCCUUGAGGACACCUUACCUUAUUGGAGCAGCGGGCAGUGCAGCAGCUGUGGACCAACUGAGGCCAGUGCUUUGCUCAAGGGCAAUGGAAAUUAUGAAACCUACUGAAGUGAUUUGAUCUUGACUCAUGCAUCAUGCCAUAUAUGUUCAAAGUAGUGCUGUAGUUAAUCACUGUGACCACUGGAGGGAACAAUUGCUGUCCAUAUCACUGAAUCCAGAAAUAACUAUCAUUCGCAGUCAGUAUAUAUCAGUAUAUAGUAUAUAUAGGUCACAAGGUGCCUAUAUAUACUAUAGUUAUAUCUGAUUUAUGUGUUUAUUAUCAUCCUAAAAAAAUGAGCUGUAGAGGCCGAGAUAUCCAGACUUCUAGUGUGUUUCGGUCAAGGUCAAAAAACAGAACCUACAUUUCCCAUAAUGCUACUUGGUAUUAUGCAUCAGCAUCUUUUGUUAGCCCCUCUUUACCUGGUAAACACCUAUGUGUUUUCAAACU